CAGGGAGUCAUUGCCAGUGCCGUCUUCGCGCGCGUGGUUCUUCGAUGUAUGAGGACUCGCCCUGAUGUUGUUGUUGUCCUUCCUGGGCCUCUGUUCUCUGUCCGUAGCCAUUGGCUUACCCAUCCUCCGUCCCAUCUGGCCUUCUCCUAUCCAACACCCGCGCGUAGAUGGUCCGCCGCUGCCUUCGUGCAGCAGGUGCGGCACGCGCGAAGGCAUGGGCUUGCCGCUUGCGAUGGCUGUAGCUGUUGCGCUGGCAGGAUUGGUUGCGCCAGUUCCUGGUGCACUUGAGGCUGCAGGGCAAGACCGGCCACGGAGGGUCGUCAUUCUGUCGGUGAACGACGUGUACAAGCUUGUCGGUCUGCCCAGCGAUCUGCCGUAUUUUUAUCUCAAGGAGGAUUUCGCCUACGUUGACGAAGUGGCAGCAAGCGCGUGCGAUGGAAGGCCUUGUAACACGGACCUGGAGAGUUGCGGCUGGGGCGCGGCAUGGGAGGCAUGUUUUCCGUCGAAAUUUGGUAAGGCGACGUUCUUAUCAUUGAAGCAGCAAGCUGAGGGUGUGCAAGUCGUCGUGGGCCCAUGCGGUAAAGAGCCUGCCAAGAGUACUGUUGCGUUGCCACCCAAUGGGAGCCAUAUGAAGUUCGGAGGGCUCCUCGAUUUCAGUGCCACAUUCAGGUGGCUCAAGGAGGAGGCCACUACUGCGGGGGACCUGGCCAUUGGCACGCUUGCAGGAGACUUCAUAGGCCCGUCCUAUCUCGGAGAGGUUCACAGGGGCAAGCAGCUGGUCGAGGUUAUGAGCCACAUGGGCAUCGAUCUCGUGAACAUAGGGAACCACGACGUGGACUACAAGGUCACUGUCCUAAGGGAGCAGAUGAACAGAUCGGCGUUCCACUAUCUGAAUGCCAACCUGGAGGACUCCAGCGGUCUGGAUAUCCAACAGCCAAUGGUUGGAUCGGCCACGGUCGAGGGAAACAUGGGUGAGUACACAGCCAGUGAGUGGCGCCGCCUGAGCGUUUUACCAGGGAGCCGGUUCGGACGCGGAUGGGCGAUGCUCGAUAAGGGCGGCGUGAGGGUGUGCGUGCUCGGCACCUCUGACACCGACAAAAUGAACUGGCUGGGGAAGAAGGUCAAAGGCACAGCCCGAGACAUCCCCGCCGCCGUGGCCAUACUGCGCGGCUGGGAGCGCGGCAGGCUGGGGUGCACCCUCCGGGUCGCGAUGACACACACGCGGGCCGGGAACGACCUCAACUUGUUCCGCGCGGUGGAGCACGCGGGCCUGCAUCUGGACGCCAUCAUCGGCGGCCACGACCACUACGCGGUGUUCGCGGAGCUGCGGCGCCUGGACGGGGGGACCACCUUCUUCGUGAAGGCCGGUGCGGACGCCCAGGCGAUCUCCAGGCUCACCUUCGACGUGCCCGCCGGGCGGCCGCCGUCCGGCUCCCUGGAGGUCGUGCCGGUGGUCGCCGGCGCGUGCGAGCACCGCGCGCUGGACCCUGGCAGGGCGGCCUGGUUCGCGAAGACCCGGGGCAUUUUCGAGGCCUACGCGAGAGAGGCGCAGGAGGCGGACGGCGAGCCCCUCAACGUAGUCUUCCAGGGCGUCUACGACACAGGGAUCGUCCGGGACGCGGAGUCGGUGGCGGUGAACAUGUGGCUCGACUUCAUGCGCGAGAGCACUCGUGGGGACGUGCUGUUCUUCCAGGCGGGGCUGGUGCGCCAGGACACGUACCAGCGGUUCUCCGAGGGCGUCCCGCUCAGCCGGCUGCAGUUGCUGGAGGAGUUCCCCUGGGGCGACGAAGACGUCGACGCGCGGAGCAGCCUCUUUCCAUUCCGCGUCUCCGUGGAGGACCUGGUCACCCGCACGCUGCCGUUCGUGGCGAAGGCGUACUGGUGCAGGGCCCCGUUCAACGAUGCCAACCGCAUCCACGUGUCAGGCCUGAUUGUGGAGAUGGAGAAUGAGGAGGGCUGCGACGCAGUGGGCGACGGCAGCCCCAUUCGGUCGGUGACGCUGGUCGGUGGCUGCCACUGGCGCGGCACGCUGGAGGAUGUUGCAGGUGGUUGUUGCUCGUCGCCGCUCUGCGGCAAACUGUGGAGCGCAGGAGCUUGGGACCCCAGGAUGACGCCAGAGGCGCGCGGGGAGCAGCUGACGGUCGUCACAGGCCAGUUCUGCGUGCCCUCGAAGUAUGGCAGCCACGGCCCUGGCUUCCACGAGGUCGGCAUGCUGUGCCCAGGGGCCGAGCCCGCGGAGAACUGGGCUUCGGGCGCUGCCUUCGCGAGAGCUUUCGCGGGCCGCGGCGUCGCCGGCCCAGACGCCGGCGUGGCCCCGGUGGCCGUGGCCAGGGACUUCGGACGGUUCGGUUACUUCUUCAAGCGGGCCCUGAUGGCGCUGUUCCAGGGCCUGACUGUGCCGCUGCGGGUUGGCGGCAGCGCGGCAGCGGCGGCCGCCUGCGAGGAGGCUGGGCAGUGGUACGAGGCGAGCAGCUUUGUGGGCACGUGCCUCUGCGAGCUCGGCCUGGGCUCCUCGGGCGGGGCCGCCUGCGGCGGCGGCCGCGUGGGCCGCGGCGGCUUCCCCCGCUUCCUGGCCGCACCCCGCGCCGCGUUCGAGGAGGCGCGCAGCGUCUCCUGCGCUGGGCCCGCCGCCACCUGCAGUGCGCAGGGCCAGGCCUGACCCGGCCAGCGGCGGCGGCCGCGCGCAGGCUGGGUGCCGCCGCGGAGCGCGCCAGGCUUUGCGCGCAGCGCCUCCGCCAGGCGAGCCGAUCCUGCCCUUGGCCUCCCUGUCGCCCACGCUCUCGCCCUCGCCCUUCACGUCCGCUGCCGCGGUCCCCG